CACCAUGUCCGAUCCUCAAUCCCCCAUGGCCCCUGUGCUGGCCUGGAUAGUCGACGGCGGCUUGGAACUAUGGGCAUUCUCUGAAGCGUCCCCUGAAGACGGCAGCUUCACUAUGACAAGCGCCUCAGUAGGCGAUCAAUCCUUUACGGGACCAAUAGGGACGGUCGCGUACGACGAGGAGAGCAAGAUUUUGCACCUCUUAGCAACCAGAAAAGUAGACGAUGACGUUCAGGAACUCUGUCAUACCGUCAUCAGCAAGCACGGCAACAUCACGGCGAAGCACGCAGUGCUUCCUGACGGCGAAAGCAGCUACCUGCCCGCUGAUACCGGUUUUCUGUUACACAAUAGAGCAUGGGUUAUUGCAGCCUGCGUACAUCCAACAACCUUGGACGGUGAUGAUGAUGAUGAAGAUAUAGCGUGGCCCUGCGUUUUUUUCAACGCUACUCAAGACGGCGACGUGACCUGGAAACGAUACAGAAUCAACGACGUGGAAGUGUCAUACUCCAGACCCAGCUGGAUGAAAAUUUUCUCCGUUGGUGGAAGAGGCGAUGAUUCCUACAUUUAUACAGCAUUUCCUGGAACAGACGACCAGUCCACUAUACGCCUGGCAGGCAUACCAACCUCACAAUUCAAUCAGCUUUCCACAGACAGCGGCAGCCAAUGGACGAUCCAAGAAAUCCCGGGGAUUGAAACGUGCUGCGCUCCUCACAUUGUAGUGACAAGCGGACCGAAGACACACUUCAUCCAUGUUUUCUACGUUUGGGAUAGCGCAGUGUCGUACUUCACACUCGAAGCGAAUGAGGAUGGUUGGAUUCACAUGCCCAACUCAAUCACUACUGAUACGAUAGCUUUUCCGGACUGUCCUGCCAACGACCAAGUCAAAACACACACUAUCGUCAGUGCGGUGGAGCACAACGGCAUGAUCUGGAUUGUCUCGACACAGACUGCGAACUCAAUUGUAUCCGUGUCAGCAAAACUUGAUGGCGGCAAAAUAGGCGAAUGGCAAACACAGGCCGAAGGUCUUGGCCUUGGUGGAUUGGGCGUGCCAGAACCAGAGACUUGCGCAUAUUCUACGCUCAGUAUUCCCCAUGACAUGUUCGAUUUCGCCGACUCGGAGCGUCAGCUGGCACGUCGCCCCAAAUGA